UAAAUUUUUAGUUUAAUUAUAAUCAAAUUUACAGUUUACGUUAUCGUUUAUACAUUUUGUGCUUUUUUAACUUUUAAUUUUCUGCAAAUUACAAUAUGAGGGUUCGUUCAAUGCUUCAGGGUCGAAAAUGCAAAGGUAAAAUGUCGAUCCACAUCAAGGACUCUGAGGACCUGAAGACCAGGCUGUCGGAGGCUGGUGAUAAGCUGGUGGUGAUUGACUUCAUGGCCACCUGGUGCGGGCCCUGCAAGAUGAUUGGGCCCAAACUAGAUGAGAUGGCCACUGAAAUGGCUGACUCUAUUGUUGUGCUGAAGGUGGACGUUGACGAAUGUGAGGACAUUGCGACCGAAUAUAACAUCAACUCAAUGCCGACCUUUGUAUUUGUUAAGAGUUCCAAGAAACUUGAAGAAUUCUCCGGAGCUAACGUUGACAAACUCAAGAACACAAUUCUCAAGCACAAGUAAACAGUUACCGAGGGCUGUACGCCGCUGCCCUGUCCACCCGGACACCGCAGUCGGAUUUAAUAUAUGAUACAUAAUAUAUGAAAGAAUAACUAGCAUCUAAAGUAACUUUUAUUUCGUCCUCUAUACAGUAAAGUUUUAAUCUAUGUAUUUUUUUUUUCUCUUUAAAUAUUUAUCAAUAAGUUAAUUUUCAAAUAUAAUAGACAUAAAAUGAAUAUGUAUGUUAUGUAACUUUCAUUUUAAGAUUGAUUUUCCAGGGUUUAUUUUUAAUAGACAAAGGUGGUUUUUUUUCUCUCACAAUUUUUAAAUCUGUGAUUAGCCACAAUGUGUCUUACGUAAUAUAUAAAAGCACGAGAUAAAAUUUAUUUUGCGCACGAGAAUUGCAUUUAGGAUGCGUACAUGCCCACACCGGCUGCGCCAUUGUGUACUUUUGGUUUUUUAUAUAUGUUACACACUAUUGUUACUGCAUUAAAAAUUUUGUGAAAAAUAA